AGACGCCGGGCGCGCGCACGUUCCCUGGAGUUUAACGGUCGCGAGAAGCCGCUCGCCCGAGCCUGACAUCCGCAGCGGGAGCGGCUGCCAGAGUCUUGGAAGCCUAGGAUAUUUUACAGUUCUGAAUGUUAGCAACUGAAAAUGCCUGUAGACGAUGAAGCAUCUGAAGAUGACUCAGAUUCAAUUUCAUCAAACAGUGAAAGAACCUGUAUUUUCAAAUAAGACAGUCUUAAGAAUUUCUGUACACUAUGGAAGAUUUUGACUUGGUGAAAACCUUACAGAAAACUUCAUCUUCUAUAGAAUCUGAUGUCAAAAAUUUCCCCCAUUCUCUUGAACUGAACUUAAGUACUAAUAGAAGUAGUCAUCACCUUAGUACAAAUGGGGUAUCCUCUUUCUCAGGGAAGACCAGAUCAUCUGUAAUUCAAGGUACAGUUGAAGUUCUAACCUCUUUAAUGCAAGAUCUACAAAACAGUGGAAAGAGUGAUUCGGAACGUUGGAAAAACUGUGAGACCAGGUGGUUACAACUAUUCAAUUUGGUGGAAAAACAAUGCCAAGAACAAAUAGCUGCCCAGCAGGAACAGUUCCACAACCAAAUUCAACGUAUACAGGAGGAGAUAAAAAAUUUAGUAAAGUUACAAACCAAUACUGCUUCUUGGGCUCCCUAUGAUAGAAGCUCUUCAAGCCAACAAAUAUUUUCAGAAUGUCAAAUGGGUUUUUUUUCUGAAAACAGUGACAGAAAUGAAUCUGUUGUCAAUUAUCUUAAGUCUAAAGAACCUGAAAUGCAGCAAGACACAUCACCAUCACAAGCAGACUGCAACAUGGAUAGUAGUUCAGUGAGCAGUGGGUAUGGUACCCUUUGCAUCUCAGAAUUAAAUACCUACAAACCUAAAGACUCUAAAGAGUUCAUGGAGCAUAAAGAGGUUUCUAAAGAACAGUACGUAGUCCCUAUGGUGCAGAUGGAUUCACUUAUAGACGGUGUAAAAAAUAAGAGCUUUUAUAUAAAGACUACUGAAGAUUUUAAUGCAUCUUUAAAAGAAGAUAUUUCUGUUUUUCCUGGUGAAUCUGAACAUCAUUUUCUUGGUGAAAAUAAGAUUUCUGAAGUAUACAGUGGAAAAACAAAUAGUAAAUCUAUAACAUCAUGGGCACAAAAGCUGAAACAGAACCAGCCAAAGAGAGCACACGUUGAAGAGGGACGUUCACAAUCUCUGCAAGGAAGGGAACAACCGAAGAAAUCACCGACUGAGAAAUCUGAUUUCACUGCAGCUACUCAUCCUCCUGCUUUUUACCUCAGUAAACCAAAUGAAAGUCCAAAUUCUUGGAUAUCUGAUUCAGCAACAGGACUGACUUACUGGAAGCUAGAGGAGAAGGACAUGUAUCACUCUUUGCCUGAGACUUUAGAGAAGACAAUUGUACCAUCCUCCUCUGUGACUGUGUCACCGAGCCAGUCUAAUACUAGUAAUCAAAUGAAGCUACCGUCACUGAAGGAUAUUUAUCAUAAAAAACAAAGGGAAAACAAGCAGUUACCUGAGAGGAAUCUCAUUUAUGCUUCCAACCCAAAUCAUCCACCAGAGGUACUGACUCUAGAUCCAACAUUACAUUUGAAGCCAAAUCAGCAGAUUUCAGGGAUUCAACCACAUGGCAUUUUGAAUACGCUUGAUGACAGAAUUUCCUUUUCAGCAGACUCUGUUGUAGAACCUAGUGUGUCUAGUCACUCUGACAUAGACUCAUUUUCACAAGCAAGCAAUAUCACUUCUCAGUUAUCUGGAUUCCCCAAAUAUCCUUCAAACCCAAAAGCAGUGGACUCUUGGAAAAAUCAUGGAUUCCAAAGUGAAAGUAGGACCAGUUCUACAUUCCCUUCAGUAUAUACUAUUACUAGUAAUGAUAUCUCAGUCAACUCUAUAGAUGAAGAAAACACUGUCAUGGUAACUCCAGCCUCAGUCAGUCAAUCUCAGCUUCCAGGUACAGCCAACAGUGUCCCAGAAUGCAUUUCAUUGACUUCCUUGGAAGAUCCUGUGAUAUUGUCUAAGAUUAGGCAGAACCUGAAGGAAAAGCAUGCUCGACAUGUAGCAGAUCUUCGAGCUUAUUAUGAAUCAGAAAUAAACAGCUUGAAACAGAAGCUGGAAGCAAAAGAAAUUUCUGCUGUGGAAGAUUGGAAAAGAACCAAUCAAAUUCUUGUAGACAGAUGUGGCCAAUUAGAUGGUGCUCUAAAUGAAGCUAACAGUUGCUUGAGAACACUUGAAAAUAAGAAUAACUUACUGGAAAUUGAAGUGAAUGAUUUGAAAGAACGCUUUAGUGCAGCCAGCAGUGCCUCCAAAAUUCUGCAGGAACGAAUUGAGGAAAUGAGAACAAAUAAUAAAGAAAAAGACAAUACCAUCAUUCGACUAAAAUCUAGACUGCAGGAUUUAGAAGAAGCAUUUGAGAAUGCUUACACACUCUCAGAUGAUAAAGAAGCUAGACUAAAACAAGAAAACAGAAUGUUUCAAGAUCUUUUAGGAGAGUAUGAGUCCCUUGGAAAAGAACACGAAAGAGUAAAGGAAACAUUAAAUACAACUGAGAACAAAUUGCUUGAUGCACAAACUCAGAUUUCCGAUUUGAAAAGAACGAUUUCAAAACUUGAAGCUCAGAUCAAGCAAGUAGAGCAUGAAAAUAUGUUAAGUCUUCGUCAUAAUUCUAAAACUCCCAUGAGACCCUCACAUGCCAACACACUAGCAACCUCAGAUGUCAGCAGGCGAAAGUGGUUGAUCCCAGGAGCAGAGUAUUCUAUCUUCACUGGCCAGCCUUUGGAUGUCCAGGGUAGUGAAGUGAACAACCAUCUGGAAGAAACCUGUGUUCCUAGGUACCAUUCUCCUCCGGAAAAGGAUUCUUCACCUGGAGAUUUGCCAACAAGUUUACUGAUAAAAAAACAAAGAGAGACUUCAGGCACACCAAUCAUGGAAGCUUUAAAAGAACUUGAUGAAGAAAAAGUAUUUAAAAGUUGGGGCACCCAGACAGAAAAAGUAGACUCCUCAACUAGUAAAACAGUGACUCCCCGGCAAACUGAAACUUCAGUCAAUGCAGGUCGGUCCCCGGAGAAAUGUGCCCAACAGAGGCAAAAGAGAUUUAAUUCUGCCUCACAGAGAUCAUCAUCUUUACCACCUUCAAAUCGUAAAUCAAAUACUCCAACAAAAAGAGAGAUUAUGUUAACGCCAGUGACUGUGGCUUAUAGUCCAAAGCGAUCCCCUAAAGAAAAUUUGUCCCCAGGAUUUAGUCAUCUACUUAGCAAAAAUGAAAGCAGUCCAUUUCGAUUUGAUAUACUUUUGGAUGAUUUAGAUACUGUUCCUGUGUCUACGUUACAACGUACCAAUCCAAGAAAACAACUCCAGUUUCUUCCUCUAGAUGACUCGGAAGAACGCAAAUAUUCAGAAAAAAAUACUGAAAAUAAUAGCUCUUGCCUUGAACCAUUGCCAAAUGGAGUGAAGAAUGUAUCUAUAAAAUCUGCCUGGGAAAGGAAUAAAUCGGUUAGCUAUGAGCAGUGUAAGCCUAUUUCAGUAAAACCACAUGGUGACGAUUUUGAAUAUACAGCAAAAAUUCGGACCCUAGCUGAAACGGAACGAUUUUUUGAUGAACUUACCAAAGAAAAAGACCAGAUUGAGGCAGCACUUAGUCGAAUGCCUUCUACUGGAGGACGAAUGACUUUGCAGACAAGAUUAAAUCAGGAAGCCUUGGAAGAUCGUUUGGAAAGGAUUAACCGAGAACUGGGUUCAGUUCGCAUGACACUAAAGAAGUUCCAUGUUUUGCGCACCUCUGCAAAUCUUUGAGAUUUGUAGCCAUUAAAUUUUGAGACUUUUUUUUGGUUUGCACUAAUGUAUAAUUAUGCACUCAGAAAAGGCAAACUAUUUUGUACUGUUUAUAAGCCUUCAAAUAGUUUUACAAUCAUGCUAUUCUUUACACUUGCUAUUUUAUACUUCAAAUGGCCACAUAUUUUCAAGGUAUUUUUGUUAUGCUCAGGAAUCUCUUGUAUAUUUUACUAUUUAAAAAGUGUUAUUUUUAAAUAGUACAUCUCCAAUUUAUAUCAAGAAUAUAGAAAUGGAAACAGGAAGGCGGCUUAUUUCUAAACAAAUAGUGUUAUCCUUUUACAAUUAACUUUGUACACUAAUUUUAUCAACUUAUUCUACAUUGUAAAUAUGAUUCAGGUGUUUUUUUUUUUAAAUAUGUGCUUAACAACGAGCUUCCAUAAUAAACUAAUACAUGCUAAAUACAAAAACAAUUAUAGUAUAUAAUGGAUUUCAGUUGUGUUGAGGUUUUUUAAAAGAUGAUUCAAAUCUUGUUUGAAACUUACGUCUUAGAGUCAAUAUUUGAAUACUAAUAAUGGAAUAUUGGAAAGCUUUGCAAACUAACUACAUGAAGAUAACUCAUUUGGUUUCCCUAAACUUUUAUUAUUUGUAAGGAAAGAAAAAUGAGAAGUAUGUAAUUCUUUAAUUUUGUCAUAUAUGUAGAACUUUUAAGAAAAGUGAAACAAUGGGAGAGCUAUAGCCCUCUGCCCAUCAUUCUGAAUGUAAAUGCUGUCCCACUCUUGACAAUAAGUUGGGACAUAAAGCUUUGUGAAAUACAGGCCUCCUGCCCAGAGAGGUUUUUAGGAGUAGCCCUGGUUUCCUAAAUGCACCUUCAAUUGUCAGUCCAAGUCAUCAUCCAGACAUUUUUAACCUCUCUCUACCCUCAAUCCUCCAGGGCUCCACCCCUGCCAAAAUGGAAAAAAACGAAAUAAAAACCACUUAUAGCAGAUGCUGUAAGAAUACUUUUGGAUCAGCGCUUGGUGCCUUUCUCUUGGCCUUGCUGGAGGGCUCACACCCACUGCUCUGGCAGCUCCCGCUGGCUCUUGGAAGUGGCUCGUGGUGAGGAGGCUGUUCUGGGGAACACUGGCAGGUGCGAGCUGACUGCUGGUCAAGUUCAGGCUGCCUGACAGCCCACUUCCCAGUAACCAGUCAGAACCCAAUGCCCAGGUAUUUGAGCUCCGCACAUUUUGGUAACAGACUCAUUCCAAACUUUAAAAAUUGAUUCCCACUGAAAAUGCUCAGGUUUUAAAUUUAGUUUGCUUUUAGCUUUUGUCUUUAUGUGGCUCUCAAUAACGUGUAGUUACGACUAACCAAGCCAAAUCCAGUUAUUCCAUUAGGGCAUAUGAAUGCCUGUGAGCAGAGAUCUCACGUUGCUCCAGUGCCCUUCGCCAAAGCUUCACCUGGCUGACGUCAGGCCAGGUGCCUGUAGCCAUGUUCCCUUCUCUCAGCUCCUGGGGAGUCUCAGCAAGAAAGGGGCCCCAUCUGACCCCUGCCUCGGGCUCAUAUCUGUGAAUUGAACCUUUCUCCUAACCCCUUCAACCAGUUAAAGACUUUGGGCUGGUCAAAAGUAAUUACUCAUCAACAGAAUCAAGUGCCUUUAUUCUUGAUAUUUUUUCCUAACUUUAAAAAAAAAAAUCUGUUGGAGAAAAGAAAAUGUCUGUUUUAAUCAAGUUCCAGUACGGCUUGUGUCAGCGAUAGUGAAGACUUCACUGAUGAUAUAUUCCCUCCUUUAAUGUGUUCCUAUGUAUGGCAUUAAAAAUGGUCUUGAAAAUUCUUAGGAUAUUUCAUUGUUCCCUGCUUUUAUUAUAAAAUCUGCAUUUUUAAGAAUAAGGAAAUUGCCAUUUCAGAAGAGAUUAUAGUUUUAUCUUGUCUAGUAUAUCUUUUUAAUACCUUAUAUUGGCUUACUCCAAGAAAAGUAUUAAGCCCAUCAAAAUAUCCUCUGUGCCUCUCACUUGGAAAGCAUAUGCUUUGAUAUUUGAAGCAUGUAGUAGAUUGGAAGUAUCAUCAGUCACUUACCAAAAAAAGAUUUUAUUUUUCCUUCAUAGCUGUGAAGAGGUAAACCAAGGAAAAUUGUUUCAGGUGUCUUUUUCUUUGGUAAUACUUAACCUGUGAACACUCAACUUAAAAGUAGGAGAGCUUUCUACCUUAAAUAGCCUCUGCUACCCCAGGGAGGUAAACUGUUUUUGUUACUGCAGUUAGUGAAAAACCUAGUGACUCUUCCGCCUCUGGGUAGUGCCUUUUAAAAUGCAAACAGAAAGUGAGCUCUCUCCUUACACUUGGAGCUCCUUUCUUUUUUUUUUUUAAUUUUUCUUAAAAUAUUUUCCUUUAAUAUUUUCACAUAUAGUACAACAGGAAACCAUUAGAAUAUUAUGUAAACAGCCUAGUAAAUAAAUUCUUAUUAUGUAUCUUUCAGAUCAUAUACUUUUUCUUUAAAAUCUCUUCAUAUUCUUGUGUUGUUUUUAAAACUAGAUCUUGAUUUCGAUUUGACUCAUCAGUAGAUCCUAGAGAAACACUAUAGGAUCCAGAUUCAAAUUCAGCAGCAGCUUCCUGUAUUUCUCUAGUUAUAUUUCUUUCCAACUCCUGCUGCAUCUUGGUGAAGAAGGUCUCCAUGCUGUUACUGGAAGGCCGUGGGAUUGAGGAAGGAAUUACUACGCUUUCUCUUGGAAUAAGAUUUCUAUUGAGCACUGAAUGAUUAUUAAGAUUUCCAGCACAUGAUGGCUCCAGGACCGGCGUCACAAUAAGAGGGCUAAGUAUCUGUCCUGUGAUUUCUCCAUGAGUAAUUUGGUGUUGUUCUCUGCUAGCUGCUCCUUAGUCUUGUUUAGUUCCUUUGACAAUAAUGUUGUAACUUUUAGGUCUUCUAGAUACAGGUGCUUGUAUCUUUCCAGCUCUGAUUUAUUAGAAUCUUCUUGGGAAAUUUUCAUUUUGGAAAGUUCGGAUUCUAAAUCUUUUAUUCUGAGUUCCAUCUGCUGUCUUACUGAAGUGUUAUUAUUCUCUCUUAACUGCUCUAAGUUUUCUUGAGAUGCUGCUUGUAUCUCUGAAAAUAGAUUGACUUCUUUUAAUUUUUCUACCAUUUCCCGUCUGGCUCUUUCUUCAAUCUCCCGUUUAUAUUGUUCUACUCAACCAUGUUCUAGCAUAUUCAUUUCUACAUGACUUUUGAGGUUUACUACUACUUGUUCCAACUUCUUUUUAUUCUUCUCCAGUUCUUUACAUUUCUUUUGUAUUGCUCUCAUAGACAAUAACUCCUGUUGAAGAUCUUGAUUUUUUGCAUCCAGAUGUAGGCAUUUUGAAGAUGAAGUUUCAAGUUUUGCUGUAAGAUCAUCAGUCUGAUGUUUUAGCAUAAUAAUCUGACUAUCCAUUUCAAUUUGCUUGGGUUUUAAAUCUCCACGGAAACUAAGUUCUCCAUUUGCAUAUUCAUUUAACUCCUUUCUUGUCAUCUGUAAGAGUUUCUUAAAUCCAAUAAUCUCUUUUUCUAAUUCACCAUUUUUCUUCAUUUGUUGAUCCAAACGAUAUUCCAGAGAUUGUUUAAACUCAGUAAGUUUCUUUAAUUGUUCCUUUUCUUCGUCAGACGAAUUUGUACCGAACAGGUUUUUCUGAAGCUGUUCAAUUUUGCCUGUUUGCUUUUUGAUUGUAACUUUUAACUUGGUGUUUUCAAUUUCAAGCUUUUGCAUGAGAUCUUGUGUCCUCUCAGCACAUUGUACUGCCUCUGUAUGUUGAGCCCGUGCUUCUUGCAACUGACAUCUGAUUUGACUUAAUUUCUUCUUUAAAUCCUGUGUCUCAUCUUCUAAAUUAAUGUGAUAACGUGAUGUAACCUCCAGUGAAGCUUCUGACAUAGAUUGUUUUUUUAGGGUAUCAGCCAGUUCUUGUUGAAGUUGUCUCACAACUACUUCUCUUUCUACUUUCUCAUUUUCAUACUGAUAUAUUCGUUCUUUUAAAUGAUUGCAUUCACUGAUUAAUUCCUUAUUUCUCUCUUCUAGAAGGCUUUGUUUUUCACUUUCAGCUUUAAGUUUUUUCAUAAUAUCCUGAAAUUGGUCUUGGAUUUUAAUUACUGUCUUUUCUUUAAUGUCAGCUUUGUUGUGAGCAUCAUCCAGUUGUUGUUGAAGUAACAUAUUUUCACUUUGCAGUUGGGAUAACCUUUCCUCUAAGGAUUCCUGUUUUCCAAUGUAUUUACUCACUUUACCUUGUUCACUUUGAUACCCAUGUUCAUCUUCCUUCAUCUGGCACUGCGUUUGGCUUAGGUCUCUUUGUACAUGUUCUAAAAUCAAAAUCUUUUCUCUCAAAGCAUCUCUUGUGUGAUGGAACUCAAUUUCUAAGCUACUGAAUUUACUUUCAGCUUUAGAAAGUUGUUGAGAAAGAAUCUCAUUGUUGUCUUUUAGGUUAGACACAUAAAAAUUCGUUUUGUCUUGUAAACGAAACCACUCAUCUUUUGCUCUCUGGAAAGUGAGUUGCAGGUCUCUUUUUGAUAUAUGACUUUGAUCCUGGUUGUUUAUUGCAGCAGCCAGUCUAGAAUGGUAUGAUUCAACUUCUGUUUCCAGUCUUUCCUUGCUUUGUUUUUCACUCUCUAAUUUAGAGUUCAGCAUUGCAUUUUCUGAUGUCAGAACAUUAAUCUGUCCAUUAUACUGAAAUAUUGUUUUUGUUAAUGUUUCCUCAUUCAGUUUUAAUGUCUUUUGAAGGUCAUCCAUUUUUUCUUUUACAAUUUCCAUGUCCUUAGAAUAUUUCUUUUCUUUUUCCUGGUUAUGAAUUUUCAUUGUGUGUAUUUCCAAUCGUAGCAUGGCAAUUUCAUCUUUCUUUUGAGCCGUUUCUAUGUCCUUUUGUUUACAUAGGUAACUGGUCAAAAUUCCAUCUUGUAAUAGUCUGGCAUUCUGUUCUAGCGAAAGUUGCCUCUGGGUGUCAUCUUGCUCUUCUACAACCUGAUUCAGAUUAUUUCUUACAGUCCUCAAUUCUAUAUCUAGUGUUUGAAGAGUGAGUUCAAGUUGUUCUUUCAUUUCAACUUCUUUAUUAUACUGCUCUUCUUUUCUUCUUAAUUGUUCUCUAAUUUUGUCAUACAACAUAUCAGCAUUUCUUCUUUUCUCUUGUUCUUGUUUUAAGGUAAAUCUCAAACUGCAAAGUUCUAGUUCCCAUUCCACUUUUUGAUGUUCUAACUGUGAUUUCAUUUCUUCGGUUUCUGAUAGCUCCUUUUGUAGUCCACUAACUUUGUUUUCUGUUUUUUUAAUUUUUUCCUGUAAGUAGUUCACAGUGAUUUUUUUAAGUUCUGUUAAUCUUUCAUAUGAAAGAAUUGCAUCCUGGAUUUUCAGUAGGCUAACAGAAUCUUUACAAACCAUUCCAAGUUGUUCAAUUAGCAACAUAGAAUUCUUAUAAUUAGGGCUAGGCAAUUCACAAUCCUCAGAAGCUGUUUCAGAUGACUGAGUUAAGUCAUCAAGAUCAUCCACAGAAUUAAUUUGCUUUUUGACCUUGUUCUUUUCAUCAGAUGUUUUCUUUGCAGUCCUUUCUUCCUCCUGAUCUAUUUCACUUAAACUGCUGUCAUUAUUCACUUGCAGUAGAAUGCCAGUCAGUGAAUCUGUCUUCUCAAACCUUGGUGUAAUCACCAGUUCCUUUGAGGUCCAUUUUUCAUUUUCAUUUUUCUUGACUUCCUUCAUAUGCAAGGCAGGACUGGGUUUCAGGGCUGGAAGGCUGACUUUCUCCCUGGGUGGCUUAGCUUCUGCAUCACGGGAUAAUGUCCUCUCCCUUCUCCAGCUCCCGCAGACUCUGAGUUUCCCUGGAUCUCCUUUCUUUCCCUCAAACCCUCUGUGGGAACUUCAGGAGUCCCAAAUUAGAAUAUGCAGGAAAUUUUCCAAUUGAAGCCGGAGUAGAUGUUGCUAGAGUGGCACCACCAGGAAUGGGCAGCAGCUGGGCACAGCCCACAGUGGCAAGAGCAGACACUCGGGGCCUGGCAGAGUGGGUCACUCCCCGGCUCAGGUGGAGACCAGCUGAGUGGGGAGCCUUAUGAGCUCAACAUUAAGGGAGAUUACGUUGAAGUGCAAUGUUCAAUAAAGGGGACUUCUCAGAUUCUUUCUGAGUUCGA